UGUUAGUUCGGAGAACAUGUUUUUUUUUCUUAACUUAAUAUUGGUUAAUGGAUAAAUGGUUGAGCUAAAAAAAAAGCAUCUUUUAUCUGUUUUGCUCUGAUGAUACAUGUACACACUUUUAAAAAUUAAGGUAUUAUGUAUGAAUUAGGUUUUUAAGCUUUUGUUUUAAAAUAAAUAGUAGAAGAUUUAUGCAUAAAUCUGGAAUAUGCCAGCAGUGCAUCACAGAUAAAAGUUAACAAUAAACUGCUCAUCGUUUUAUUACACAAAAGGGCAAUGUACUACAUGUAAUUGUCAUUCCUUGCCCAGACAUGCACUUUAUCACAACAGAUAGUCUUCCGUUUAAUUAUGCAGUGUGAUAGUUAGUGAUAGUUAAACUUUUUUUUUGUUGGGGUGGGGGGAGUACGUGCGUUCUGACUGGGUCUUUUCAUGACAAACCUUCUGUAUGGAGCCCUGAGAAACAUCUGGAGUACUGCAGUCCUGGCUUACAUUUACCUUCAUUAUAAAUGAACUGAAGACAUAGAAAGUAGGCUACAGAGGGCAGAAAUGAUGGAUCGCCUGCUGAGGAGAUGCCGAAUCAAGAGCAGCUUGUUCAGACAGUGUCUGGCAGAAUUUUUCGGAGUCUAUAUUUUAAUACUUUUUGGGUGCGGAUCAGUUGCCCAGGUGACGACCUCUCAAAACACUAAGGGUGAAUACCUGUCAAUCAACCUCGGGUUUGCAUUGGGCACAACAUUUGGGAUUUAUGUGGCAAAAGGGGUAUCAGGAGCUCACCUGAAUCCAGCUGUUUCCCUCACCCUGUGUGUCCUGGGCAGGUUUUCCUGGACUUGUCUUCCGUUCUAUGUGUGCUCACAGCUCUUAGGAGCAUUUUUGGCAGCAGCAACUGUUGCUCUUCAGUACUAUGAUGCCAUAAUGGAUUUCACUGGAGGACAUCUGACAGUUAGUGGUGCCACUGCCACGGCUGGUAUCUUCUCAACUUAUCCUGCUGACUACCUGAGUCUAUGGGGAGGAGUGGUUGACCAGAUAAUAGGCACAGCUGCUCUGCUAGUGUGUGUUCUUGCAUUGGGAGAUCCUCGUAACACACCAGCUCCUCCUGGUCUGGAGCCUGUCCUGGUGGGAGCAGCUGUCCUGGUGAUCGGCAUCUCCAUGGGGUCUAACAGCGGAUAUGCUAUUAACCCGGCUCGAGACUUCGGCCCGAGACUCUUCUCUUACAUUGCAGGCUGGGGAGAUGAAGUGUUCAGGGCUGGUGGUGGCUGGUGGUGGAUACCUGUGUUUGUAACGUGUGUGGGCGCUCUCCUGGGCGCAUUACUCUAUGAGCUGCUGAUUGGAGUUCAUCAUCCAGACUCAGAACCAGAGGAUGCUGAGGACCUGACAGCUGUGCUCCAGCAAACUGUGGAGCUGGACGGUAUGCAGACAAGAUUUGACGCCAUUAAAGAAAACGGCAAGGAUGGGAUCUUUUCCAUAACCUCAGCAGACAUCAGCUAAAGUAAAGCUGCAAAAUUUCAAUAGUUAAUAUUUAUAUGCUAAAUACAUUUAAUUUAAUGAUCAUUGUGUUUAUGAUAUAAAAAGAAAUAAUAUGAAAAAGUUAUCUUUGUUGUAUAUAAACUGGGUGAGAUUAUUUAUUAUUUUGGUUUGUUAAUGAUCAAACAUAUAAAAUGAUAUAUAUAUAUCAUUGACUUUGUAAAACCUUAAAGGACAUGUCUUAAAUUUAAUUUCUGUAGCACAAUAUCUAUAUGAUAUACUGUCUUAUCUACUGUUGAAUUACUGCUAAAAAAAAAUUCAACAGAAAUAUAGUAAUUUAUAUUCAUAUUUUGUAAGCAAAAAUCAUGUACUGAAUUAUCUGAUGAAGUUGUAAGACUUUAUGAUAUUGUUUAGCUUUAUUUGUUUACAUUAAUUUCAACAAUUUGUUUCAACAAGUUUUGUGUACUAACCUGAUUAAAGAACAAUUGUUUUUAUAAAUACUGACAUUAAAAAACAUUAAUAAAUCCAAGACAAAUAUUUUGCUCAACAUCAGUUUAUGUUAACUAUGGCAAUGAAAAUUUUGACUUUUCACUGCCAAGAGUUUCAGAAGUAAUUGCAUUGGAUUUCAUAAUAUUGCUAAUGAUGAUAUUAAACUGUGCAUUUUACUAGUG